AUGCUCCGCUUACUCAAGCAACUCGAACAGAUUCUUAUUGGAAUAGCAUCGCAGAAGACGGAUUCCCUUAUUCAAGCUCUAAUUAUUGUUGGCAGUGAUCGUUCAAUUAUCGGUGGUAUAGCCGCUCGUCAAAAGAUUGAAAAAAUCGCAGCGGUGAAAUUUCAAGAUGUUGUGCAACAUGAGCUUUUUGGUUGCAUACCACCAAUUGUUUUUGCAAAUGUCAUCGCCAGGUGCGAUUUGAACGUUAACAAUGAAAUAGAUGUGGUAGAUGCUGGAAUUGUAUGGAUUUGGCAGCAGAAAAAACCUCUCAUUAGCAGUGCUUUAAUUUUUUCUCGUAUUCGCUCGGCACUUUUGAGCCGCGGUGAUCGCAAAACCAUCCAGCAAUGUCUCAAGACUUUACCAAAUGGAGAAAAAAUGAUUCCAUUCAUUAUGACUACAUUGUCAAGCACAUUUUCUCGCCGUUGUUGUGUUAUCAAAGAGCACGUUGAUAAACGGAUGAUACGCUGUGGUGUACCAAACCCAUCCGAUGAUGUAACCAUCAAUCUUCACAAACUUCCCUUAUCAAGGAAAUUUGCAAUUAAGCAAGAAGAUAAGGAGAAACGAAAAAAAAGCAGCAAACGAUCAGAAAAGACGGAAAAGUCCGAAAAGUUUAAUUCUAUUAAAAGAAUUGGUGAGAAAAUGAAAGCAAAUUUGAUUGGAAAUGAUAAGAAAUCAUCAAAAUCUAUUCGAUCAACAUCAGAAUCAUCAAAACUCGAGAAAUCGAAGACAAAUCAAAAAUCGGAAGAAAAUAUGCAAAGUAAAAGUACAUGUCACAGUAAAUGUAGUAAAUCCGAAAAAAAUGAUUUAAAAAGGCGAUCUAAAAAGCUUCGUAAUGCUAUACGUAAGAAAAUCUACGAUAAGAAACUUGAAUCUGUAUUGUAG